UGACGAACAUGUUUGACAGCUGCUGUCGUGUCAAAGUCUGUGUGGAAACAGAAUGACUGUAGGUUAAACUCCCUGAGCUGUUACCAUUGUGCUCUUGAACAUCAACCAUGAGUUGAUCUUCAGGGACUGUUCCUAUUACAGUAGAAGUGUACUGUACAUUACAUUUAAACAUCAGUGAAGAACAAAUCAACACUUCUCCAUUAUGCAUUGGCAUCGUGUCACUAAAUAACAACUAUAUACCAGAACUACACUCAGUUCAGAUCAGAGGAAGUUCUUUCUUUAGACACGACCAGCCCUUCCUGUCUGAAGAAAGAGCUGUAACUAUAUAAUGAAGAGAAAGACUGACAGAAACAGAAAAUGGCUGAUCAGUGUGAUCUGUGUCUGCUGGGACUGAUCAUUCUCUCUUCACUUCUCACAGGUACCAGUGGAGUGGAUGAGACUGAUGUGUUCAUCAGUUCUGGUGAAAAUGUCCGUCUGCCCUGUAAUAAUGAUCUUUCUGACUGUAACUCAACAUAUUGGAUCUAUAACAGAUUCACACAUUCAGCAGCAGUUGGACUGAUUACUGAAGGGAUAAAGAAUAAAGACACAGAGAGACAUGAGAGACUGAGUCUUGGGUCUGACUGCUCUCUGAACAUCAAGAACGUCACAGAAGAAGAUUAUGGAUUUUACAGCUGCAGACAAUAUGUGAAUGGAGAACAACAAGGAUCUGAUGAACGUGUUUAUCUGCAUGUUCUUCAUGUUUCAGUGUCUCCAUCAUCAUCAUCAUCAUCCUCACAGACUGAGAUCAGUCCAGGUCGCUCUGUGACUCUCUCCUGUCGGUUGUGUUCUGAAUUCUCCUGUGAUUAUUUGGUCCGUUCUGAGGGACUUCAGCUGUUGUGGGUGAAUCAGACUGGUGUUGAUCUGAAGACAGACUCCAGAUAUCAGAUAUUAUUCUCAUCAGAUCACUGUAACAUCACUCUGACUACAACACUCCUGAAUGAAGAUGACAACAGAGAGUGGAGAUGUCAGCUUACUCUCAGAAAUCAACUCCAGACCUCAGUCAGAUACACUGUCAAGUAUUCAGUCAGCAGCUCAAACUCUGAGAAGAAAUCAAGCCAAACUACAGCAGCAGCUCCUACACAAGAGAAUCAGAAGUCAUUAAAUACUCCAAACUCUGAGAGGACAGCAGCUGCUCAAACACCUGGAUUUACUGAACAACAAGGUCCAGCUGACACAGCAUCAGAAACUGAAGUCAGUGUGACUGCUGGAUCAUUAUUCAGAGUGAUUGUGAUUAUUGUUGAGAUGGCAGUGUUUGCUGCUCCUACUGUGAUUCUUCUUCAGAUCAUCUGUGCAAGAAGAGCUGGGAGGAAGGACUCGCAGCACCCAGAGGAAAUAGAGAUGUCUACAAUAUUACAAUAAAAUACUGCUGAGUUUGGAGACCAUCUGAAACAAGAUUUAAAACAGUAAAAACUCACAGAGAAUUGUUCAUUGUUUGAUUUUCUUCUUCUCAGAAAACAGAGAAAAACUCUCUGAAGAAAUAGUGACACCAUCAAGUUUAGAUUAAAUGUUGGAUGAUUGCUACUAAUUUUCUUAAAGGGGUCAUAAAUUGAGAAAUCAAAUGUUCCUUUAUCUAUAGCCAUAUGAGAAGUCAUUGUACUAUAAAAACAUCCUGUAAGUUUCAGAGCUCAAAUCUUCCUUGUUAGUCCAGAAAUAACGUUUAUUGAACUGGUGCGUCACUGAGAUGAGGAGAGAAGAGUGAUACAGGAUCACUGGAUCACCAAACCUCCUGUUAUGAAUCUCUUACUGUAUUUACAUCAGGCUCUUAAUUAUGAUCAGUGGGAGAUUAUUAUGUUUUAUUAACAAAGUUCAGGAGGAGCAUAUUCAAAUGAUCUACCCAAUCAGCAUAAGAGGAGGCCUAUAAAUACGUAGCCGACUCACCUAUGUUCCUCGACAAUUUUUUCUGCAUCCCUCCACCACCCUGUCUCCUCACACUUGCCUGGUUACUAUCUUAACCAAAGAUACGGAGGAGUACACUUGGUUUGACCGACAUUUCCCUAGACAGCAUGCCAAAUACACAUACUUUUUAUUCAAUCUAAUCAUUUGUAAGUGUGAACUCGUGAAAUGAAUAAAGUUUGUUGAACAAA